AUGGCUCGAGUAGGGGCCAAGUCGAGUGGAGCUGGUGCUAAGAAGAAAGGAGUUUCUUUUGUGAUCGACUGCUCUAAACCAGUUGAUGAUACGAUCUUGGAGAUAGCCACGCUUGAGAAGUUUCUUCAGGAACGAAUCAAGGUCAGAGGUAAAGCCGGUGCUCUUGGUAACUCCGUCUCCAUCACCCGAUAUAAUGGAAAGAUCAAUGUCAACGCCAAUUCCAAUUUCUCCAAACGGUACUUGAAGUAUCUGACAAAGAAAUAUUUGAAGAAGUACAAUCUCCGUGAUUGGCUACGAGUGAUUGCAUCUAACAAAGACAAAAAUGUCUACGAGGUACGCUACUUCAGGAUUGACGAUGAAGUAGCUAGUUACGAGGAAGAUUAAGCUCGACCUUCUUCAUUCAUUUUUAAUUACACUUGGUCUAUAUUUUUCCUGCUUAGGACGG